AUGGACGAGGAGACAGAUAAAGAGCGGGACGAACGGCUUGAAAAGCUAUGGAAUACAUUAGAUUCCGGCGGUGAUGGACAGAUCGACAUCAAGGGCCUCAAGAAGGGAUUGAAGAAGAUGGACCAUCCUCUCAAGAAUGCCGAUGCGCUCCUGCACGAUGUUCUGAAAGCGGUUGAUACAAGUGGAGAUGGUCACAUACAGUAUAACGAGUUCAAGGUGUUUGUGGAGCAUACGGAAAAGGAGCUUCGGCAGCUAUUCGAGAGCAUCGACCGCGAUCACAACGGCGAACUCGACAAGGAGGAGCUGAAGUCGGCGUUCAGAAGAGCUGGUCUCGCGAUCUCCAGCGCCAAGCUCGACCAGUUCUUCAACGAAGUGGAUGUCAACCACGACGGCGUGAUAAGCUUUGACGAAUGGAGAAACUUCCUGCUAUUCAUCCCCGCCGGCACUCCAAAUCUUCGCGCGGUGCUCUCCUACUAUACGUCCACUGCCACUGUCAAUCCUGAGGGAGAUGUCCAUAUCAACGACAGUCUACAAGGCCUUGGUAAUUACAUCCACUUCCAGAACACUCACUUCUACGACACUUUGCUCAAUACCUAUCUUUGCUCUUCCAAUACCCUGCUCGCAAUGGCGUUUGUUACUGUUCUUGCUUCCUCUCCAGAUUUGGGGGAGGGCCUUGAUAUGGAAGAAGAAGCUGAGAUUGGCGUUCCGCGUGGCAUUUAUCGUUUUGGUUAUUUCGUCGCUGGUGGCGUUGCGGGCAUGGUAUCACGGACAGCAACGGCACCCCUAGAUCGUCUAAAGGUGUAUUUGAUUGCGCAAACCGGCACGAAGGCGGCUGCUGCUGAGGCAGCCAAGGAAGGAGCACCAAUACAGGCUAUAAAACACCUUGGCCAACCAUUAAUCGACGCGACGAAAGAAUUAUGGAAGGCUGGAGGGAUCCGAAGUCUGUUUGCCGGCAAUGGGCUGAAUGUCGUCAAAGUCAUGCCAGAAUCUGCCAUCAAGUUUGGUGCAUACGAAGCUUCGAAACGAGCUCUCGCCAGGCUUGAAGGCCAUCAAGAUCCGAAGCAUCUUCAUCCUGCAUCCCAAUUCCUGGCUGGUGGCGUUGGGGGCGUGGUGUCUCAAUGCGUGGUCUAUCCUCUAGACACCUUGAAAUUCCGCAUGCAAUGCGAAACCGUCUCCGGCGGCCUCCACGGCAACGCCCUCAUCCGCUCCACCGCCGCCAAAAUGCUCUCGUCCCCCUCCGGCAUGCUCUCCUACUACCGCGGCCUCGGCAUGGGCCUGGCAGGCAUGUUCCCCUAUUCGGCCAUUGACCUCUUCAUCUUCGAGAACUUCAAGCGGCUCCUCCUCGCGCGCAAAGCCCGCAUCCACCGCUGCCACGAAUCCGACGUGCCCAUCGGCAACUUCGCGACCGGUGCUAUCGGCGCCUUGAGCGGCGCGGUCAGCGCAACUGUGGUCUACCCGCUCAAUCUGUUGAGGACGAGGUUGCAGGCUCAGGGCACGGUGUUGCAUCCGCCUACAUACUCGGGGAUUGUGGAUGUGACGCGGAAGACGCUGAAGGGAGAAGGGGUGUUGGGGCUGUUCAGAGGGGUCACCCCCAAUCUCUUGAAGGUCGCGCCCGCGGUCAGUAUCAGUUACGUCGUCUAUGAGAACGCGAAGGCGUUCAUGGGGUUGCAGUGA